AUGGACAGCUUCGACUUAGCUCUCCUUCAGGAGUGGGACCUGGACUCUCUGUGUGUCUACGAGCCGGAUAGAAACGUGCUGCGAAGGAAAGAAUGGGAAAGGAGAAAUCAGGAGGCCCAGCAGGAGGAUGGUGCGUUUAACACGAGUUACUCCCUCUUCAGUGAACCGUACAAGACUAACAAGGGGGAUGAGCUCUCGAAUCGCAUCCAGAAUACGCUGGGCAACUACGAUGAAAUGAAAGACUUGUUAACUGACCGAUCAAACCAGAGCCACCUUGUUGGGGUUCCAAAACCUGGGGUUCCUCAGACGUCUCUCCCCAAGCCCGAUGAACAUCUUAUUGCAGACUCGAGACCGCCGCCUCCUCCUCCCAUUUCUAGCGCUACUUCUUCCACACCAGCAGCCCUACCUGCCCAGCAGAGCAAAAGCGCCACGAUGGGUUGGCAGAAGGCCGGGCACAGUGCCGCUUCGGAUGGCCAGCAGAGAGCGAGCAAGCACGGGCACCGGUCGCUGGAGUCACACAAGGGUGACUUCAAACUGGCGAACCAAAAAUCCGGUCUGGAGAAACUAAAACGCUAUGCAUCAAGUCCCACCUCCUCCUCCUCCUCCUCCAACACUGUCCAGCAAAGCUCGCUGAGGGCCACACUAGGAGACAACGUCAACAGAGUGCAGCAGCCAGCAAAGCUCAAUGGUAGCUCGGAAGGAGGAGGUCAAGCGCAAGAGAGGCCAGCAAAGCAUGGUGGCGGGCACUGCGUCCAAAACUUCCCACCCUCUCUUGCUUCGAAGCCCAGUCUGGUUCAGCAGAAACCGACAGCUUAUGUAAGGCCAAUGGACGGUCAAGACCAGGCUCCUGAUGAGUCUCCAAAGCUGAAGUUACCAGCAGAAACGACCAAGUCGUAUAGGGGAGUGCCUUCUAACAAGCCUGAUUCGGCCAGGACCAAGUCAAAGAUAGCCAAGUUCAGCAUUCCUAAGCAAGAAGAGGACAGUGGAACAGGAGAUAACAGCUGCAUUGAAGAAAUAUUGCGGGAGAUGACCCAUUCAUGGCCUCCGCCACUGUCAGCUAUUCACACACCAGGAAAGGCAGAACAAAGCAAGUUUCCCUUCCCAAACAAGGAGUCACAACAGGGAUCUACAGGACACAACAAUACAAGGAAAAGUGAUGUAGAGCCAAAGAGUCCCGAGAAAAGCGCAACCCAUACAUCAAUGCUAGAAGAUGACCUCAAGUUAAGCAGCGACGAAGAAGAGAAUGACCAGCAGGCAGCACAGAGAUCUGCUCUCCGCGUUCUAUCUGACAGCCUGGUGGUGCCGCAGUCCAACACCCGAGCCUUGGGACUCUCCGGCAAGGGGUCGAGCAGCAGCAGCUCCAGUGAAUCCGAAACCAGCUCAGAGUCUGACUCAGAGAGCGAAAGCAGCUCCAGCGAGAGUGACGGCAGCAAGCCCUCGCAUUACUCCAGCCCAGAGCCUGAGCCGCCCUCGUCCAACAAGUGGCAGCUGGACAAGUGGCUGAAUAAAGUCACCCCACACAAAGCACCCAUCCUGACCCACCAUGACGGCCCGGCGCUGGAGGCCCAUCCCUACUACGGCCACGUGAAGGCGGAGCGGCAAGAAAGCGAGAAGACCCCGGCCACCGGCCCGGCCGAGCACUGCAGCGGGGAGGGCCGUGCUGCUGCCACCGCUGCCGUUGGGGACGGACCGCGGCCCAGGACCGCCAACAAAGCACCAGGCAGCAAGGGCAGCCGGCAAAAGUCACCCCCCGCCGCUGACGGCGGGCCUCCGAGGCGGGCGGCGGGGAAGAAGGCACCGCGGCGGGCCGAGAGGACCUCUGCCAGCGACGGCCCCCACUGCCCCAGUGCAGAGGAGCCCCGGAGCCACAGCUUUCCGGAGAGCACUGCUGGCGAGGCAUCGAGGGCCCGGCCCGGUGGCGGCAGCAGCGGCGGUGGCUGCAGAGCAGGGCACCGCCGGGAGCCCCGUUCGGCCACAGCUGGUGAGAAGCGUCGGGCCCGGGGGCCAAGCAAAACGGCACCCAAAUCCAAGGAGUUCAUCGAGACCGAGUCUUCAUCCUCGUCAUCCUCCUCCGACUCGGGCUCUGAGUCGGAGCGGGAGGAGCAUCCGCCGCCCAAGGCGCCAGCAGCGGCCGGGGCCGAGCCGCGCACCAAGGACGUGGGGACCGGCGCUGCCAGCAAACCCCACGGCGGCUGCAGUGCCUUUGGCUCCAUUAAUGCCAGGACUAGUAGUGAAAUAGCAAAGGAGCUGGAGGAACAGUUUUACACGCUGGUUCCUUUCGGUAGGAAUGAGCUCCUGUCUCCUCUGAAAGACAGUGAUGAGGUAAAGUCGCUGUGGGUCAACAUUGACUUGGCUCUUUUGUCCAGGAUUCCAGAGCGUUUGCCCGAAGAGCCACUGGCCAUGAGCGCUGGAGCAAACCAGGUGGCUAGCCUCCCGCAGGGUAGUAGUGCUGACCCCCCCGCAGAGAAGGGUUUACCGAAAUCUAGAAGGAAACGCAAGUGUGAGAAUGAGGAAGAGUGCAGAGACAUCAAGAAGACUCACUUAGAGCGAGAGAGUUCUUCACGAUUAGCUGCGUCUGCCCACAGCAUCACAACAGCAAAUCACUGCAAUAUGAAUGAAAAUAGCUUGGCAAUACCAAUAAAUAAAAAUGAGAAAAUGCUUCGGUCACCCGUCUCUCCCCUCUCUGAUGCAUCAAAACACAAAUACUCCAACGAUGAUUUAACUUCCUCCAGCAGACCUAAUGGCAGCAGUCUAUUACCUUCCAUCUCCUCCAGCAAAAAACAUAAGGGUGAAAUCCAGUCGCAGCCACAUCCCGGAGACUUCAAUAAAGCAAUUCACAUCAAUUCAGAAAAUGUUCUCUGCAAUAAGCCACAGUCCCAAACAGAGACUUGGUCACCGCUGUCCAGCACACCCAGGGACUGCAGAAGGACAAAGCUUAUCUUUGAUGAUAUGCCACGCAAUGCAGAUUACUUUAUGCAGGAAGCUAAACGGAAGAAGCAUAAAGCAGAUGCAAUGGUGGAAAAGUUUGGAAAGGCACUGAAUUAUGCAGAAGCAGCACUAUCGUUUAUUGAGUGUGGAAAUGCAAUGGAACAAGGCCCAAUGGAAUCUAAAUCCCCUUAUACAAUGUAUUCAGAAACAGUUGAACUCAUCAGGUAUGCAGUGAGACUAAAAACCCACUCAGGCCCCAACGCCACGCCAGAAGACAAACAGCUGGCAGCAUUAUGUUACCGCUGCCUGGCCCUUCUGUACUGGAGGAUGUUCCGACUCAAGAGAGACCAUGCAGUCAAGUAUUCGAAAGCACUUAUUGAGUAUUUCAAGAAUUCAUCAAAAGCUGCCCAGAACCCUUCUCCUUGGGGUGCCAGUGGAAAGAGCACAGGAACUCCAUCACCCAUGUCCCCUAGCCCUUCUCCAGUCAGCUCUGUAGGAUCCCAGGGGAGCACAGGGGCCCCUUCCCCAUCUCCUAUCAUCAGCAUCCCGCAGCGCAUUCAUCAGAUGGCCGCCAACCACGUCAGCAUCACCAACAGCAUCCUGCACAGCUAUGACUACUGGGAGAUGGCUGACAACCUGGCCAAGGAAAACAGAGAUUUUUUUAACGACUUGGAUGCAUUGAUGGGACCUAUCACCUUGCACAGCAGUAUGGAGCAUUUAGUUCAGUACACUCAACAAGGACUUCACUGGGUGCGGAAUAGCGCUCACUUGCCAUAA